AUGAGUUCUCUCUGUGAAAAUACUGAUUCUGAAAAAUCCAUCACUGAGGAGUUGAUCCCUAAGAAAGUUUGGUUCAGAGUCGAUGACGUUGAUACAAACAAUAAUAUGUUGAUCGAUUCAUCCCCGGAAAAAUCUAUCUCGUGGAGGGAUAUGCUUGUAGGCCAAUCGUCUAAGGAUACUCUCAUUGAUUUGGAAGGAAAAGAUGAUCUGGAUAUUUUGGAUGGGGACAUUCUAAAAUCUUUUGUGGAUGGCGUACCUUCCAUUUCCUUCUCGGAUAGGAUCCACAAAAUCCUUAUUCAAGGUAUGGAAAACACAGUGAUUUUAAAACUUCUUGGUCGUAACAUUGGCUUUUUGGUUUUGCAGAAUAAAUUGUUCAACCUGUGGAGACCUUCAGCGCCUCUACAUAUGAUGGAUAUAGAAAAUGGUUACUUCUUGGUAAAAUUCCAGAAUAAGUUGGACUGUGAAAGGGCACUUGCUGAAGGACCUUGGAUUAUCUUUGGUCAAUAUUUGACGGUUCAGCCUUGGACGCUAGCCUUUGAUCCUUCACAAGCUUACCCUAGUGUUGUGAUGGCAUGGAUUAGAUUUCCCAGUUUACCUGGAUAUUUAUACAAUCAUAAAAUCAUCACUGAGAUAGGGGAAAUGGUUGAUAAAGUGGUUAAAUUGGAUAUGAACACGGAUAGUAGGACUAGGGGAAGAUUUGCUAGAUUGGCUAUUUAUGUUAACUUGGAAAAGCCAUUGGUAUCCCAUAUUCUGAUCAAUGGUCGUAAGCAGAAUGUUGAAUAUGAAUCUUUAUCUACAAUCUGUUUUCAUUGUGGGAGAUAUGGGCAUGUGGAAAACUCUUGUCCUUUUAAGAAAUCUGAAAUCCCUAGUGAAAAGGAGAACACACCAUCGAAAAUGUCAUCAGAGUUUCAAAACACGGCCAAGGUCGACGCGGAGAAGGAAUACGGGAAUUUCAAACCUUGGAUGAUCAUGAGAAGAAAUCAAGGCGGAAAAUCAGAGAUAACGCCCCGUGGAGCUUUAGAACGUUCUGAUCCAGAUUUGGUUGCCCAUCAUCCCUCCGUUGCUGCUGGAAAGGGCAGUCGGAUUUUUAUAACAGAUGAGUUACAAACAGUCCCAGGUGACGAUAUGGGUCUUGGAUUUGAAGGAGAAGGAUCAAAAAAUCAGCCAGAUUUGGAGGAAUCAAGGCGGACUGCAGUUUCACUGGAUGUUGGUAAUCUUGACUCUGGUAAACAUUCGGCGGUUGUCUUUCAUGAAAAAACCCAAGCCAAGGAAAAGAACAAUGCUCAUCCUUCUCUUGUGUUUUCCGGUGGUUCGGGUAAAUUUUUUAAAAAUAAAGACAGAGGAUUUGCUAAAAAACAGACUAAACUUUUCCAUGGAAGCAAUGUUCGCUUCAAAAAUUCGGGAGGCCAGAGAACACCUUUGAAGGAAUCGAUGGAAUUCCUUGCCGAGAGCAUCUCGACUUUUGCAAAAUCUAAUAUUGAGGUUGACUCUAGCUUCAAAAUUGGUGGGCUAAAAGAAGGAGUUAAUGGUCCUGGGCAUCCUGACAGGUCUAAACGGAAGACUCUUUGGGAAGAUUUAAAAUCAGCUAAUCCUAACAUUAAUUCUCCUUGGUUAAUUAUGGGGGAUUUUAAUGCAAUUUUAUCUCCUUCAGAUAAAAAGAGUCCUGUUUCCGUUGGUAAGCGUUGUGAUUUUUUUGGUAAUUUUGUUGACUCCUGUGAGUUGCAGGAUUUGGGAUUUAUUGGACCUGCUUUCACUUGGCAAAGAGGUAGUACUUUUGUCAGACUUGAUCGGGCCUUAGCUAAUGACACUUGGGUGUCUACUUUUCCACAUUACUCUGUUCAUCAUCUCACUCGUAUUAAGUCUGAUCAUAGGCCCCUCUUGUUAUCUACUAGAACUGACUGUAGCUCAUUUCAGGGCAGACCUUUCAGGAAUAUUUAUGGCUUUUUGGGUACUCGUAAGAGAAAUCUUAUGAGAUCGCUUAACAAUAUUCAAAAAACCUUGGAGCAUUCUCCCUCAACGUAUUUAGCAGGAAAAGAAUUAAAAAUUUGGGACGAGUUGGAAAAUGUACUAGAUCACGAAGAUCUUCUUUGGAGACAAAAGGCUCGCUAUCAAGACGUCUUGCAGGCUAAGGCGGUGGAAUUCUUUGAAGGGCUUUAUGGAGAGACUCCUUCUACCUUGAGGGAUAUUCCUAAUGCUGGGUUCCCUAGCUUCAAUUCUUCAGAAGUUAGUUUUCUGGAGGCUUCUGUCACUAAUGAGGAGAUUAAAAGGGCACUGUUUGACAUGGCUCCUUUGAAAGCUCCUGGAAGUGAUGGUUUCCACGCUCAUUUUUUUCAAAGUCAAUGGGAUAUUCUUGGGAAUGAUGUUUUUCAAUGGGUAAAAGAGGUUUUUGAUGGACGACGGAUAGAUCCUGAAUUGAAUAAUACGCUGAUUGUGUUAAUCCCUAAAAAAGAGAAUCCUGAGGAUUUUACCCAUUUUAGGCCCAUUAGUCUAUGCUCUGUUCUUUACAAGCUGGUUAUGAAAGUUAUUGCUAAUCAGUUUAAGGUGGUCUUUCCCAAGCUUAUAUCCCAAGAACAAGUUGGGUUCAUAGCUGGGCGUAACAUUUCUGACAACAUCAUUUUAGCUCAAGAGAUCAUUCACUUUAUGCGCUGUACUAGGAAAUGA